AUGUCCCGCGACAGCUCUGGGACUAAGCAGGUAGUCAACAUUGAUCUCCAAGUCAACAAGGUCACCUCGGAGUCUACCAUCGAGGUAUGGAACCAAGACCACACUCAAAUGUUGACCCAGUCCUGCUCGACCUCUCUCAAUCUCGAGACCGGCGGUCUGCAGGCCACCAAGAGCGUGCCUACUAUCGCCUUCGAUGUCGACCAAGAUGGGUUUGGAACCCUCACCUUUGGCAACAAAACUUAUACCGUCAGCGGAAACUCCGAGGUUUCUGGCGGUAUUGAGUGCAACAGCAUCGUCAGCGACACUGAGACUCUGAUCAGCUGCACUGUACCGGAAGUCUCCCCCGAGGUCAUGUUGCAACUCAACACCAUCACCCUCGCGCAAAGAAACAAACUACCACCAAACUGCUUCCCUACCAGUGGGCCUCUCGAGAUAACCGAGGUGGCACGAGUUGCUAAUCAGGAUGGAGGCCCCCGAGUGAUUUCUCUUGCCGAGACUAGAGGUAUGCGGACGUGGCAGCAACUGGAUCUAGAAGCGGCUUCUUUAGCCGCAGGCAAUGAGACACUCACGGUCGAGGACAACAACCACUUGGAGGAGGGACCUUCGAAGCGUCAGUAUAAUCCUUGUUCGCAGUGGACGCCGACGACAAUCAGGGAAGGCGAUGGGGACCCUCACCAGACGCCCAAGCACAUCCAGGAAUCCCUAGACUGCGGCAACGGCGAAUGCAGCAUCGGUCAAAUCGAAGUUCACGCCAUGACCAUCCGUUUCACCGCUGGCGCCAAGUUAUCCCGGUGGAUCACCGCCGGCUUCCGGGUCGAGCAGUCCACAACAACAGGCAGCAUCAAAGAAUGCCGCGCGGGCGCGUACGACUGGGUUGCGGCCUGGGUGAAGGUGGGACGGACGUCUUACCGCGUUCGCAAUGGGCUGUUCAACUCGUGCACGGGGACCAAGCCGCAGGGCGAUGUCUUCACCAUCACGUCCCCCAACGCCAACAACAACGGCGGCAAUCCAUAUUGCGUCCGCGGAAAGCGGUACGUGCGCAGAUUGGGUGAUAGUUGGGAUGAGGCUCCGAAGCCUGGUCUGCCCUGA